CGGCUGGUUCGUGCCUGUGGCUUUGGGGGUCACGCUGCUCAAAGUGCUCCUCAUCCCGACCUAUCAUUCCACAGAUUUUGAGGUGCAUAGGAACUGGCUUGCCAUAACCCACAGCUUACCUGCCUCUCAGUGGUAUUAUGAGGCAACUUCUGAGUGGACUUUGGACUACCCUCCCUUCUUUGCGUGGUUUGAGUAUGUGCUUUCACAUGUUGCCAAGUACUUUGACAAAGAGAUGCUGGUGGUCCAAAACCUCAACUAUUCCAGCCACGAGACCAUACUGUUCCAAAGACUUUCUGUCAUCUUUACAGAUGUGCUCUUCAUAUAUGCAGUUCACGACCCUCUUUCACCAUCCUCCCAAUGCCUACGCUGCCAAAAAAAGUCCAGCUAAACAAGAUGAGAAAAGGUGCUGCAAAUGUGUAAACGGGAAGCGAGGUGGGAAGGAGCCUCUGGAAAACCCUCAGUUUGUUCUUUCAGUUCUGCUUCUAUGGAAUUUUGGCCUUUUAAUUGUGGACCAUAUUCACUUUCAGUAUAAUGGCUUCCUUUUUGGAUUCAUGCUUCUGUCCAUUGCAAGGCUAUUUCAGAAAAGGCAUCUAGAAGGAGCUUUUCUCUUUGCUAUUCUCUUAUACCUCAAGCACAUCAACCUCUACGUAGCCCCAGCAUAUGGCAUGUACCUACUUCGAUCCUACUGCUUCACUGCAAAUAAUCCAGAUGGAUCCGUCCGAUGGCACAGUUUCAGCUUUCUUCGCUUAAUUGCCCUGGGAUUAAUUGUAUGCUUUGUUACUGCAUGUUCACUGGGUCCAUUUAUUGCCUGGGGUCAGCUGCCACAGGUCCUCUCUCGACUCUUCCCUUUCAAGAGAGGCCUUUGUCAUGCAUACUGGGCUCCUAACUUCUGGGCUAUCUACAAUGCCAUAGACAAAGCUCUCUCCGUUAUUGGUCUGAAAUAUAAAUUCCUCAACCCACCAAAGAUGCCCAAGGCUAUCAUGACUGGUGGACUAGUCCAGGAAUUUCAACACACUGUCCUUCCCUCAGUGACUCCACUGGCAACUUUAGCAUGCACUGCCAUCUUUAUGCUGCCCUCUGUUUUCUGUCUUUGGUUUAAACCCCAAGGGCCCCAAGGCUUCCUGCGCUGCUUGGUUCUCUGUGCACUGAGCUCCUUCAUGUUUGGCUGGCAUGUGCAUGAGAAAGCAAUCCUCCUUGCCAUUCUCCCUUUGAGCUUGCUGUCUGUGGAAAGGUCAAGAGAUGCUGGUGUCUAUCUUAUUCUGGCUACUACUGGACAUCUUUCCCUCUUUCCCCUGCUGUUCACAGCACCAGAACUGCCAAUUAAAAUACUGCUCAUGUUGCUCUUCACAGUGUACAGCUUCUCCUCACUGAAGGCCGUAUUCAGGAAAGAAGGGCCUCUGCUUAACUGGCUGGAAACUCUCUACCUCACUGGGUUGAUCCCACUUGAAAUUUUCUGUGAAAUUGUGUUUCCUUUCACAGCCUGGAUGUCAAAGUUUCCUUUCCUGCCCUUAAUGCUCAUCUCUGUGUAUUGUGCUCUAGGCAUCAUGUAUGCUUGGCUCAAACUGUACAUCUCUGCCUUCAGGAGACCACCAACUUUCAGGCAAAAGGCAGAAUAAUAAUGUUUACACAUGGAUCAAGUCCACAGAGCUCCUUUCAGAAAAUUAGUCAAUGCUAAAUUGUAGCUGUAUCUGGCACUCAGGAUCAUUGUCCAUUGAUCGAUGCUGCAUCUUGCUCUACAAAUGGCUCCUGUUUCCUUAAGGGCUUUGAAGGAAGCAAGUGGACUGUAAAAUACUUAAAGAAACUUGGACAGUUUCUGUGUGAAAUGAGGGCAUCUGACGGAAGAAACCUUGUUUACAAAAGGACUUCAAAUUAAGAUUUUUUUAAUAUAAUUUUUUAAUCUUCAGUUUGAGUGUGCCAAAUACUGGUUGCUGGAAUUUAAAUGGAUGGAUGAACCUCCUUGCUUAUAAUUACAUGUAUAAGAUUACAGGUAUUUCAGACCUGGUCUCUAGAAAAGAAGCUAAAUUGCAAUCAUGCAUGGUGAAGAGUGUAAAUAAAAGAUUUUUAUAUAUA